AUGUCUGGAUUCAAGAGCCUGGCACUGUUGCUGGCAGCUCAGCUGGCCAAUGCGCAAGGCGGCUACCCGAACCCUCCUGUUGCAGGUCUUCCUUUCCCUGGUACCAACUACCCUGGCUCCGAGGUUCCUUAUGCUGUAGCUGGCGCUCAGUUCAACCAAACUUCUCCCCCCUACUAUCCUUCUCCUUGGGGAACUGGUGCUGGUGAAUGGGCUAGCGCAUAUGAGAAGGCUAUUGCGUUUGUGUCUCAGUUGACUCUUGCUGAGAAGGUCAAUUUGACCACUGUCUCUAGUUGGGAAUCCGAGAAAUGUGUUGGUAACACUGGUUCCAUCCCCCGCCUAGGCUUCAAGUCCCUGUGUCUGCAGGAUUCGCCUUUGGGUGUCAGAUUCGGUGACUUUGUCUCUGCCUUCUCCGCCGGCGUGACCGUUGCCGCAACAUGGGACAGAUCUCUCGCCUACACCCGCGGCAAUGACAUGGGCAGCGAGCACCGCGACAAGGGUGUCGAUGUCAUGCUCGGCCCCGUCGUUGGUCCUCUUGGCCGCAGUCCCGAGGGUGGUCGUAACUGGGAGGGCUUCAGUCCCGACCCCGUACUCUCUGGGAUCUUGAACGCUGAGACCGUCAAGGGUAUCCAGGAUGCCGGUGUUAUUGCUUGCACCAAGCACUACAUUCUUAACGAGCAGGAGCACUUCAGACAGGGAGGCCCUAACAUCUCUGAUGCUGUCUCUGCCAACGUCGAUGAUAUCACUCUGCACGAGCUAUACGUCUGGCCUUUUGCUGAUGCUGUUCGUGCUGGAACUGGCAGUGUCAUGUGCUCUUACAACCAGGCCAACAACAGCUAUGUCUGCCAAAACUCUCACCUCCUGAACAAGGUUCUCAAGUCUGAAUUGGGCUUCCAAGGCUUCGUGGUUUCGGACUGGUCUGGACAGCACUCUGGUGUCUCUAGUGCCCUUGCUGGCCUCGAUAUGACCAUGCCUGGUGACGUUGGCUUCGACAGCGGUACCUCCUUCUGGGGAGCCAACCUCACGAUCGCCGUCCUGAACGGAACUGUUCCCCAAUACAGAAUCGACGACAUGGCCGUUCGUAUCGUCGCUGCUUGGUACCUUGUCGACAGAGAAGACCACCAGGUCGAGAACGCUCCCAACUUUUCCUCGUGGACCACCCGUACUUUCGGCUACCGUCACUACAUUGCUCAAGAGGGUUACGAACAGCUCAACUACCACGUCGAUGUUCAAGAAGAUCACCGUGACAACAUCCGUGAGGUUGCUGCCAAGGGAACUGUUUUGUUGAAGAACAACGGUGCUCUGCCGCUUAAGGGCACCGAACAACUUGUUGGAGUCUUCGGGGAGGAUGCUGCUGACAAUCAGUACGGUCCUAACGGUUGUUCUGAUAGGGGAUGUGACAACGGCACGCUCGCAAUGGGAUGGGGUAGCGGAACAGCCAACUUCCCUUACCUGGUUGCACCUCACUCAGCCAUUGAGAACGAAGUCCGCUCUCACGGCAAGUCUGUUGAGAGUAUCCUUGACCGUGCUGCCUUCAGUCAGAUUGACGUUCUCGCCCAGCGUGCUGACGAGGUCAACGGUGCCUGUAUCGUCUUUGCCAAUGCCGACGCCGGAGAAGGCUACAUCAUCGUCGAUGGCAAUCAAGGUGACCGCAACAACCUUACUCUCUGGCAAGGUGGUGAGGAAGUCAUCAGCCACGUUGCGGGCCUCUGCAAGAACACUAUUGUUGUGCUUCAUACCGUCGGCCCUGUCUUGAUCAAUGACUGGUACGACCACGAAAACAUCACCGCCAUUCUCUGGGCUGGUGUUCCUGGACAAGAGUCAGGCAACGCCAUUGUCGAUGUCCUGUACGGCAAGGUCAACCCUUCUGGCAAGCUUCCCUUCACCCUUGGCAAGACCCGCGAGUCUUACGGUACCGAUCUUCUCUACGAGUACAACAACGGCGGUGCAGCUCCUCAGACCCAAUUCGAGGAGGGUGUCUUCAUUGACUACAGAGCCUUCGACAGAGCCGGCGAGACCCCCGUCUACGAGUUCGGUUACGGUCUUUCCUACACCAACUUCAGCUACUCUGACAUCUCCGUUUCGGUCAACACUUCGGCUCCUGCCUACGUUCCUGCCUCUGGCUUCACCGAGGCUGCACCUGUCUACGGCUCUAUCUCGAACAACUCUGCCGACUAUGUCUUCCCCGCUGAUGUUAGACCCAUCGAGUACUACAUCUACCCCUACCUCAACUCCACCAACCUUCGCGCUUCGUCCCAAGACCCUUACUACGGCAGCAACUACAGCUUCCCAGCUGGCUCUGCCUCGAGCGCACCUCAGCCUCUCCUCCCCGCUUCUGGUGCUCCCGGCGGUAACCCCGGUCUCUACGACAUCCUCUACACUGUCACUGCCACUGUCACCAACACUGGCUCCGUCGAGGGUGAGGAAGUUCCUCAGCUGUACAUCUCUCUUGGUGGUCCUGACGACCCGGCUGUUGUUCUGCGUCAAUUCGACAAAUUCUCUAUCGCGCCCGGUGCCUCAAAGACCUUCACUGCCCAGAUCACUCGCAGAGACAUCAGCAACUGGAGCCCCGCACUCGACGACUGGUACGUCAGUGAGUAUCCCAAGACGGUCUACGUCGGUUCUUCCAGCAGAAAGCUGCCUCUAAAGGCUGCUCUGCCUGCCAACGGUGCCACUUCCCCUGGCACUGGCAACGUCUUCGAGCCAUUCGUCGAGUCACUCUUCAUCUCACUCUACCACUCACGGUGGUUACAACAGCUGGACUACUUACACCCAGCCCUCUGGUUACCACUCGACUUGGUAGAACGAGCGGGAGUUGUGAAAAGCAGACGCACGCACGAUGAUGACAUUCGUUUUUAG